AUGGUUACAGAUAUAGACUCCGAUGAAGAGAUUGAAGAGCUCAGAGAAGGGUUCGCUGCAGUAAAGCUCUCCAAGGACGUUAAGCAUCGUAUUAGAGCAGCCUGGGCAAGUUCCUUUAUUGUCAAAGUUUAUGGUCGAGCAGUGGGCUUUAACUAUAUUCAAACAAAACUCAAUGCAUUCUGGAAACCAACCGGUAGACUGGAUAUCAUUGAUCUUGGAAAGGAGUUUUUUCUCACGCGAUUCAGUUGCAAGGAGGACCAUGAUAUGGUUCUUAGGAGAUGUCCAUGGUUCAUCGAGGACCAUUUUCUCUCGAUACGGCCUUGGGAGCCCAACUUUAAGCCAUCGACGGCGAGUGUGUCCACCAUUGCCGUGUGGAUCCGACUUAACGAGCUUCCUAUUGAAUAUUAUGAAGUUGAGGUUCUCCAACAACUAGGAAACUCCAUUGGGAAGGUUUUGCAGAAACAAGGGGUCGCUUUGCGAGACUUUGUGUGUAGGUGGAUAUUGACAAACCGUUAG